AUGCCUCAUUCCCAGCCUCGAAGACACGACGGCGCCCAGCAGAUCAAAACCCAUGACAAUCUUAACAGGCAUGAAGAGGGCGAGCUUAUCCAAAAGGAUGGCUGGCAUCAUGGCUUGUGUGGAUGCUGUGCGUCCUGCGAGCUUUGCAUUCUGAGCACUUUCGCGCCAUGUCUUCUACUCGGCCAGACUUCCCAUCGUAUAAAAGAGCCUUCGAUGGAAAGCUACAGGCAUAUCAAUCGCGAUUGCAUAGUGAUGAUGGGAGUGACCUAUGGAACUGGGUUUGGUUGGAUGUAUGUCAUGAAGAAGCGAUUCGAGAUCCGAAAACGCUACGGUAUCAAAGGCACAGACGCGAGAGACUGCUGCGCAUCCUACUGGUGUCUUUCGUCUGCUUUGGUUCAGCAUGAGAGGGAAGUGCUUGCCCGGCAGGCUGCGGGGGCUGAUCCCGUCACUGAGGGUUAUCAAGCUCAACCUGCUAUGGAAUUGCCCUUCAGACAAAACCAGCCCACUACAUAG